CUCUAAGACCAACGUUCGAUUCCGCUAUACAAACCAGUUUGGUAGUACUGAAAAGAGAUAGAAUGAAUCAAACAGACAAGAUACAAAUGGACGACACAGAGACAGAGACGGACAAAGCCGUCACAAGAGGCAGGCAUGCACAGACAGACCAUUAUACACAACAUAUGGACACUCAAACAAUGCCCGGCAUAAGUAUACGUGAGCCAUACAUGGGAUUACCAAUUACUGACAUAUACGUGCAAACUGAUGAAAAGAGAUCUUACGACAACGACACCCAGACAAAUAUACUACAACAAACCAACACCCUUACACAGACAUUGGUAAAAGUUUACCAAGAAAAUGAAUUUCAAACCGAACAACUAGAGACAGUUACUACCCCCUCCCAAACUGAAAUCGCAUGUUCAAACUCAGAGCCAGUAAUUGAGGAAGGAUUCAGAACUCUCGCUCAGAACAGUCAACAAGGAGGCGAUUCUGCACUUGCUUUGAUGGGCAUGUUCAAAAAAGAAUCAAAAAUUGAAAAUGCUGAACAGAUUGACAACGAAAACUUGGUUCUGGUGAAAAUAGCGUGGAAAUUUAUUUGGCAAAGAAUCGCACUGAAGAUAUGCGGGAGUCAUGCAGCCAGUAAAAAUAAAAUUACAGCAGCGUUUGCAAAUACUCUCAUCGUACUAUUAGCUAAUGACUUGCAAAGCGGCAGCAUUGAAGAACAAUUUAGUCGGUUUUCAUCGCGUUGCGAUGAAGUCAUCCAAACUGGAGAUCUAUUUCGAACUGCUAAGAAGUACGUACAUGCUAUCACAGCAUACUACGCCGCUGUUAAACUACAUCAAUAUAAAGACAACGGGGUUCAAUCGUUGCGUGGGAUUAGUGUCUGUGUUCGACAAAUAUCAAUUGUUGUUCAAUCCCUUGCAAAUCAGGAACAAAAUAUCGAGAUUAUCAAAGAUCACGUGAUACCGCUCAUGCAUGAAAUAAUGAAGUUUCAACAAUCAAUCCAAUGUCCGAAUCGUGAAACAAAAGUGAUGGCAGAGGCUAAGUGCUGGUGUAAUAUCGGUCUUUGCUACUGCAAUUGCGGUGAAUAUAGCAAAUUUUCACAAAGUAACCAAACUGCAAUCGAACUCAUAAAAACUGAAUUUGGACUGAAUUUGCAAACUUAUAAAGUAUAUGCAUGCAGCAUGAAUAAUGCUGGGGUUGCUCAUAAGAAAAUGGGGAAUAAAAGGAAGGCUGUUGAAUUAUUCAAACUGGCCUUGGAAGCCUAUUCUAAGGUGCAGGACUGGGAUGACGAAGAAGAAAAAAAUCGUAAAAUCGAACUCACAAGGGCAAAUUUAGAACGUAUCGAAUCAGACUCUAACUCGGAUUAAGUUGAUUAAAAUCCUGAUAUCAAAGCGUCACCUAAAAGCGAUCGACGAGGUUAAUAAAAUUGUAUGUGGUACCAUAUUUAAACAGACAUGUUCUUCUUAUUUUUGUGAGAAAAUAAACAUUUCUGAAUUUCAGAAACAAGUCGUAAAAUUGAAUUUUCCAAGCUCAAUUUAGGGAUGGAAUAGGAAAGAAGUGUAAUUAGGUAAAUUAAAACCGAUCCCGAGAAAUUCUUUGUAUCGGAUGACUGGCACCACCAACCGGUUUGUUUUUACUUUGUCAAUAUGAUGUUCGUAUCUUGCUAUUCUUUAUUUCUGUUUGAAAUAUGUAAUUUCGUAAAACGUAGUGACUCGAACUGGUCACUGGUAUCUAACGAGAAAAAGCUGCUAUUUUUGGAUGAAUAUUUUCUGUUUGACAUUGCUGGAGAUGAACAUUUGUUCUAAACUUGAGAUGUGCAACCUUCGGUACAACCGUAGUAUGUGUACCAGGUUAGGGUUGGGCCAUAAUUUCAGGCCGAAAUACUACGGGAGUCACUUGGCUAGUCUCC